AUGAGUAAACCUGGAGCUGUAGAUGGUCACUUGGAUAUGAAGCAGAAGAUUCAGUACGGGUCAGUCAUCCUGAAACACGCAUUUUUGGGGUAAUACUUAAGAGUUGUCUACCUACAUAAUGUUUCUACUUUUGUAUAUAUGAUGGCUAACCCUAGGGAAGAAUUAGUAAAAUUUAAUGUCAUCCAUUGUCAAAAGGGUGCCAUGUGAACUGGAUGUGUACAAUACUGCUUUUGUACACUCCCUUUAUCUUGUGCAUUGUUCCUUGUAUUAUGUUGUUGUUAUGGCUACAGCUAAGAUAAUAAACUUGUAAUGAACUUGGCAUAGAAUUUACAACCUUGUUGAAUUCGAAAAACAGUGGGAUGAACAGCGAGAUCUCAGCACCAGGCUGCAUGAGCACUUCAGCGGGUGGUGAAAUGGGAUGAUGUUUGUGAUGUGGGUUAUGCUUUGUGAACAUUUCAGAGCAGCUGAACGACCAUCUUCUGCAUGUGGUAUAUUUUAAGUAUGCCCUCCUUUCAUUAACACUACUGAUCUAUGUCUUUGGGAGGCUUGAUAGUUGUUGAAAUCUCACACAUACCAGAAUACAUCAAUCACUGGCAGGAGCUAUGAAGCCAAUAAGACACUCUAGCUUAUAGAGUCCAUGCACCAGAAUGGCCAUCCUCGCCUACAUUUCUGUCUCUGCAGUUGUUAGCAGGUUUGACUUUACCAAAAUGAGGCAUGAAGUAGUUGCUUUAGGCCAGUAGAUUCCUCCUUCCAGCCUUCAUGUCUAUGUGUCAAUCUUUUUUUCUUUAAGGAUGUCGUUCUGAACUUUUGCUUCAGUUGUGAAAAUAACAAAGUUAUUGGUCCUGUGUGCUGAGUUCACAGAACUGAAUCAGCACGCACACAAGUUGGGUUGUGUUUGGCUCACUGUUCCUCAGCCCACAAUGAGAGCAGCACAAAAGCACUGGCUGAGUUUCAGUUUCUGGCAAGGCCAGUGCAGCCACACUCUGCGGUGCUGGAUGAAAAGUCAUUGUGCCGGAUUGCUUGUGCAAAUAGAUGUUAGAUGUAUUGUGUGUGUAUCAGAUUCUCUGUCAAUGAAAUACUGUCAUUACUUAUGGGCAAGCCAUUAUUCUCCUGAAACAUCUUGAAAUAUUUGCAUUCUUUUGCCAACUUCUUGUUCAUUGGCAACAUCCAGUCACUGGCAAUAUUUGCAUUGCUUUCCAUGAAUCUUAAUUACAUCCCAGGGAUCUUUCACACUUUACACAGCAGCAACCCAAGUUUGCCCCCAAAUAUAGUCCAAAGAGCCCCAGUGAAUUAGAGAUGCCUGAUGGAUUUACCUUCGACAUACACAUGCUGAAUUCAAGCAUUGUUUUUUAUAAAUGUACACUUAAAAGUUAUUCCAUGUUGCACCUUAAAAUAAAAAAAAUACUAUGGACCCUAGAUGGUGUCUAAAAAAUGGACGUAAGACUUCAUUUUCGUUUUGCUUUCUGAUUCUCAUUUCUGAACAAAGAUGGAUUGUAUGGUGUGAUGCUUGAAAGCUUAGUCAGUUUCACCAGCUGAAUUCUGUGCAGUGAUCUUCUGUUUCGGUCAUUCUCUGGGACUAAUGCUGUACUGCAUGAAAACACUGGAAUGACACAGAGGCAAAUUUUCUUAGGUGCUGGAGUCAAAACUUCCCAUGUUCACUGAGAAGGAUACUCUAUCUACCCUUUGACCCACUAUUUAUAAACUGGCAAUUUAACUAUUCACUCCAUGGGUUUAUGCAUCUGUUAUCCAUUCCUAUCCAGUACUGCAGGAGCAAAAGAGUUAACUCCACAUGCACUAAAAAUAAUAAUAUAAGGUGUGGGGAUUGCAUGUUAAGGCACCUGUUUUAACAUCUGCACUGUGUAAGCAGUAAAUAUGUUCUACAGCCUUACAUAUUGUGAUUACUUACAGCUUAAAUGUCCAUGCACCCAGUACUUUCAGUCCCAAUACUUUUAGUCACCAAGUCUGAGGGACACUGAUGUUCAGGAUACCAGGAGGGGCAAUAGCCACCUAGCCAUACAUUAAUCCCAUGUUUUUCCUAUUUGUUUUCAUUUGGGUUAGAGAGAAUAGCAUAGGUUUUUAAUCAAGAUCGGUUUCUAUGCAUAUCAGAUAUUCAAAAAUGUUUAUGAUUUUCUGUCACAGCAAGGUGACUUGUAUUUGACUUCCUAUAAAAUUAUCUGGGGAGGACUCUAGCCAUAUGUGUACAGUUGUUGGUGGGCUAUUUUGUUUACUGUUUUUAUACAAAAUAUAUGUUUUCCAAAAAAAAAAGAGGCGGGGAAACUCAUGGCCUCACCUAAGCAAAUCACUUUGAUUUCCCUAGGAAAACCAUGUCUGCAUUCAAAGCGUUUAAGGCAAAUCUAUAAGGCCUUUGCUCAGGUCUCUCUCUCUCUCUCUGUUUUGGGUGUGUACACAUAGGAUUGAGAUCUGAAAUCCUGAAAGGGAUGGGCGGGGGGAAGAGAACACUACUAAGACUAUGUUAUGCUUUUCAAUUUGUCUUUAAUAUAAUUGGAAACAAUUUUAAAAUAACUAACAUCUUUCAGCAAGGAGUUAAAAGAAAAGAAAAGAAAGGCACAUAUCUUACAAAGCAAUUGGAUUUAAUUUCCUUAAAAGUUCAGGGUUUUUUUACACCUAUACAAAUGAGGUGAAGGCAAUGAAGUACAUCCUAUAACUUUACAAUAAAUCCCAUCUCCACAUGCACCACCACCCAACCCUUUCAUCUGCAUAGCUACCUUGCCUGACUCAGCCUCUUCCAACUGGACUGGAUGAGCUCGGGUUCAAAUUCCAGCAUUGCUGCUAUAGAUAUAGAUAUAGAUAUAGAUAUAGAUAUAGAUAUAGAUAUAGAUAUAGAUAUGAUACAAUAUAAUAAAGAUGAAGGCGAGACUGAGAGAGUAUUUUGCUUAGAGUAGUAUUGUUGUUCUGCUCUACUGCCGACACCACUACUACCUUCAUCGCAACAGCCUGUGGUCUUUAUCGCAUCUCUCUUCAGAACGCCAUUGCGAAGUGAGUCACAAUUCUACACACAUGGACAUGGGCCUGUCCUACUAUAUGAAUUUUAUACACUGGGAAGAUGGGUGUGUGUUUGCAGGAUAGCGACUCACUUCACGAUGGCAUUUUGAGGCUUGAUCAUAGGCCAUUGCCAUGAUGGCAGCAUCAUUUAUUUAUUUAAUUGUUUAUUUGUCAACAGUGGGUGCUGCUACUUGGGAGUUGCUGUUGCCAAAAGAGACAGGGGAGCACAAAAUGACAAGAUCCAGAAAAACCAGCUGAACAGCACCUUUAUCACCAAGAAGUCCUCUGGCUUCUUCUAUGGCACAGCUGCACAGGGAACUGAAGAAGACUCUCUUUGUGGCCCUUCCUCCUCUUCCUUUCCCUCCAAGCUGUCUCAAGACAGGGAAGACGAUUCCAUCAUACACUCUCACACACAGUACCUCUUCUUGGAAGUGUCCGGCGUGUAG